GCUGGCUGUAACUCAGGGGGUGGUGCGAGUGUUGAGCCACAUGGGAUAGUAGGUCCUUUCGAAUACGUGUGGUCAUCCAACCACGGAUCGGACCACUGCGUUUGGGCAUCACAGAGGGAAGUAGGACUUUGUUCCACAUCCAUGGUAUCAAGCUCACCUACAGGUAUGGAGCGCUUUUAUUCAACUACAGAAGAUUUAACAUCACUUUUCGGCUCCACUUUUGAUUAUGAUCUCAAUUUCACGGAUUCUGUCACCGAGGCCAACGCCACUGUUGAGGAGCUGUGUGUAGCCAGCAAAGAGCAGGAGCUGACCAUUACUGCUGUCCAGACCACAGUCUUCCUCAUCGUCUUCUUAUUAGGUGUAAUUGGAAACGGGCUGGUCAUUGCCACCUUCGCACGAUACCGCCGUCUACGUCUACGCUGCAUGACUGACGUCUUCCUGUUCUACCUGGCUCUGUCCGACAUGCUGCUUCUGCUGACUCUUCCGUUACAGAUGGGAGAGACAUUGAUCGGCAGCUGGGUGUUCGGAAAGGGGCUGUGCAAGCUAAACUGCGGUAUGUACGCCAUCAACACCUAUGCCGGCCUGCUGUUGUUGGCUUGCAUUAGUGUCGAUCGCUAUUUGGUGGUGGUUCGCACCAGGGCCGUGCGGAAGACGAGUUCUGGGACACUGUUUUACAGCACGCAGUCCGCACUUGGUGUCGCAGUAACUUCUGUCUUCCUGAGCCUGCCAGACCUGCUCUUCAGCACCGUGGAGAAGGACAUGGGUUCAGAGGCCUUCUUGUGUGAUAUGAAAGUUUGGGGCGAUGAAGUGAGUAAAUGGAAGCUGUGGGCCCAGAUGGCAAAGAUCGCAGGAUUCUGCAUCCCUUGUGUGGCGAUGGUGGUGUGUUACGGUGCGAUCGGACGCGUCUUGAUCCGUGCCGGUGGCAAAUGUUGGCGCAGACAGAGGACUUUGCGUCUGAUGGCACUUCUGGUGGUUCUUUUCCACCUGUUCCAGCUUCCUUACACUAUAGUGCUUCUGAUUAAAAUAUUCACACCCACUCCGAAACACUGCGAAGAAUGGACCAAGUUCCACCUUCAGGAAAACAUAACUCGCAAUCUGGCCUACGUGAGGUGCUGCCUGAACCCUUUGCUCUACGCACUCGUUGGCGUCCGAUUCCGAAACGACAUUAUCAGGCUGUUGACGGACGCCGGGUGUGUGUGCAUGUGUGUGUCCCAUAUAACACCACAGCAUGACAACGGAAGCUCCGUCACACCAUCUUCUCCGGCUCCAACCAUACUUUCACCCUUCCCAUCUACUUACCUGUCUGCCAAGAAAACACCUGCCCUGGGCACACCUGCUGCAGACACAGCUGAAACAUUCAUUUUUCCAACACCUAUAUCUGGUAAAAUGACUUCAGUUAUAAGCUGGUGUCGUCAAUAAAUGCACAUUAGAUGACCUGAAAUAAAUAAUUUCUAAUUUUAAAGGUAAUAUAUAUCAAAGCCCAUUUACUGUAUGCCAAAAGGGGAAAAAAAUCAUGCUUUGGUAAAACAAUUAUGAGAUUAAAAAUGUCAUAAUUAUAAAAUAAAAGUCAAAAUGUUAAUAUAAAAGAUUAUGAAAGAUUACAAAUUAAAUUAAAUUACAAAAAAGUUUAGACUUUUUAAGUUUUAUAUUUUGGACUUCCAAUGGAUAAGAGACAAAACUGCAUGUACACAAAAGCCUUAUAUACAGCUUUAAAUACAAUCAGCAGCAUAAAGAAUAGUCUAUGAUUUCUAGGAAUAUUCAUUUCUCAACAAUUUUAGUACACUGUUAGACUAAGAAUAUUUUAUAUAUAGGCAUAUAUAUAUAUCAGAGGUCGCGUUAACCGAAAAUUCUCCGUCAUUGACGGAAUUUUUUUUAGCAGUGACGGAAAAAUCUGAAGGCCGUCCGUCACUUUGGCAGAUUGCACACACCGAGGGUGAUCUAUUGUAAUUUAUAACUGUAAUUCCCAGCCCUGUCCAGUUGGUGGCGAGUGCGCUCCAGUGAGGCAGCAGAGCGCGAUCGUCUCCAGAACAAAAAUAAAGGUCUUUUGCUGUGUCUUUGAUUACUCACAGGCGAGUAUAGUAAAGCGAAUCGCUUGAUCUGAGGUGUCUACAGCGAUCUAUCACGCCACAUUAAAGCCAAAACGGUAUUUAUUGCUUGAAUUUCCUAAUAAAAUGGACAGAAUUUGAAACCUGAGACUGCAUUUCAUAUCAAAAGUAACAACGCACAAAGUUUAGCCGAUUGUCUAACGUUACUGUGCAUUCAUCAAAUGAAAACAGCAUCGAUUGGGAGUUAAGAAACGAUAUUGUUUCAUAAAAAUAAGAAUCUAUUAAAACAGAGAAAUCGGUUUUAUUUAAUUUUUAAUUUUUUUAUCCAGCACUAGCAUAUUUUGUUGUUUUAAGUGUCCUCCGCUGUCACUGCAGUCUCUAUUCAUCUGUUCUCUUCAUAAAGAAAUAAAUGCAUAAGCCAAUAUGCUCGUCCUUUAGGUUCAUAAUUAAAAACAUUAUGAACAAAAAUAAAAGCAAUUAAAUGGGUUAUUAUAAUUAAAAUACGAAAAUUAAAAUGACGGGUAAUAAUAGAUUAUGACGGAUUUUUUACGACCCUGUCCGUCAAAAUGACGGAUAAUAUUAAAGUCUAACGCAACCUCUGAUAUAUAUAUAUAUAUAUAUAUAUAUAUUAGACAUAUGCUGUAAAUAAAUUAUGCACACAUUUAUUAUGCACUUAUUUUUUACUCUUAAAAUUAUUUUGUUCUAGAUGUAUGUGUUAUUCUCUGCUACCUGUAUUACUGCUACUGACAAAACUGCAAAAUAAAGAUUCUUUUUCUGUAUAAAUGAUACAAUUUUAUAAUUUGAAAACGAUGGGUAGAAUUGAAUGGAAAUCUAUGGAAAUAAAUUUCCUUCAGCAUUUUA